ACAACCUUGGAGUUCUCUCUCUCUCUCCAUCGUUCUCUUUCUUUCUCUGUCACGCCAGAACCUAGAAUGUUGAAGGUUUGGGGUUUAGUGGCGAUUUUGCUUAUUGUUUUGGUCAGAAAUGUGUCGUCAUAUGAUCGGCCGGGCAUUCGGAAAAAUAUAGUGAUUCAUCCCUCUAACAACGACGAUCCUCUGUCCCCGGAACAGGUGCAUAUAUCUCUGGUUGGAGCCGACAAAAUGAGAAUAUCAUGGAUAACGAAGAAAGACACAGUCAUGCCUACUGUUGUGUACGGCACAACCUCUGGCAAAUACGAUGGUUCGGCUAAUGGAACAACGUCCUCGUACCACUUCUUGAUGAUUUAUCGAUCGGGCCAAAUUAAUGACGUAGUCAUAGGCCCAUUAAAGCCUAAUACAGUUUAUUAUUACAAAUGUGGAGGUCCAUCUUCAACACAAGAGUUCAGCUUCAAGACACCUCCUUCUCAAUUCCCCAUCAAAUUCGCCGUGGCUGGUGACCUUGGGACAACUGACUGGACUGUAUCAACAUUGGAACAUGUAUCCAAAUGGGAGCAUGAUGUUUUUAUCUUGCCUGGAGAUCUUUCGUACGCUAAUUUUUUCCAACCCGUGUGGGACACUUUUGGUCGCAUGGUGCAGCCGCUUGCUAGCAAAAGACCAUGGAUGGUCACUCAUGGCAACCACGAACUCGAACACAUUCCUAUCCUCCAUCGUGAAAGCUUCACCGCCUAUAACCACAGGUGGCGCAUGCCGUUUGAAGAGAGUGGCUCGACCUCGAACUUGUACUAUUCCUUCAACGUUUUUGGAGUCCAUGUUAUAAUGUUGGGAUCAUACACAGAUUUUGAACCUGGCUCGGUUCAGUACCAAUGGUUAGAAAAAGAUCUCAAAGGGAUCGAUCGUAAGACCACACCAUGGUUGAUGGCUGUGAUACACGCGCCUUGGUACAACACUAACGAAGCCCACCAAGGAGAGAAAGAGAGUGUGGAUAUGAAAGAAUCCAUGGAAACUCUUCUUUACAAAGCUCGUGUUGAUUUGGUCUUCGCCGGUCACGUCCAUGCUUACGAGCGUUUUAAUCGGGUGUACAAAGAUAAGUUCGACAAAUGUGGUCCGGUUUAUAUUAACAUUGGGGAUGGUGGCAAUAAAGAAGGCCUUGCUACAAACUAUGAAGAUCCAACUCCAGAAAUAUCAUUGUUUAGAGAAGCAAGUUUCGGGCAUGGUCAAUUGGUGGUGGUGAAUGCGACUCAUGCACAUUGGGAAUGGCAGAGAAACGACGACGAUGUGUCGGUACAAAAGGAUUCGGUUUGGUUAACCAGCCUCUCAGCCGAUUCAUCUUGUCAGAUUUAGACCGCAUCUCGGUUCGGGUUUUUAAAUAAGAACAUGUGCCUUACCGUUGAUUUUAUGUUAAAUGUCAAUGUAGAAUCGAAAAACCCUAAGUAAUUAUCGUACUGAAUAUUGACGACGACAUCAAAGUAGGAGAUAACAAAUGUUCUAUUUA